UAAUGCACAACAGUUAAACAGAAAAAUAAGUCGGUGUUACCAAAACUGAAUAACAAUAAAAGACUUGCGAUUGCACAUUCAUUUGUAACAGUACUUAGUAGCGGCAACUGCAUUAACACCACAAACAAACCAAAAAGCAAACAAACAAACAAAUACUUUCGACGAUGAGCGUGGACACGUAUGCGCCGAGCUCGACGCUCUCCUUCCUGGACAUGGAUGACAAUGAGCUUUUGCGUGGCGCCGAUACGCAGCCGACACAGUAUGAUUAUCGUGACUUUACCAUGCCGUCCACAUCGCAGAGCCAGACCCAGGCCGAUCAGCUGGAUUUGCAGUCGCGCCGCGUAAGUGUGCAAAAUAAUGAUAUUCAUCCACGAUUGGCCUCUAUCACCAACGAUUUGGCCGACUUGCAAUUCGAAGAGGAGGACGAUGAGAACGGCGUCGGUGGCAAUUCGGCAUAUGUCAAGGAGCUACCGCCACAUGCCUGUAAAUAUUGUGGCAUUCACGAUCCAGCCACCGUGGUCAUGUGCAACAAUUGCAAGAAGUGGUUCUGCAACGGACGUGGCAGCACAUCUGGCUCGCAUAUUAUCAAUCAUCUCGUGCGUGCCAAACAUCGUGAGGUGACCCUGCACGGCGACGGACCACUGGGCGAGACCAUACUGGAGUGCUAUUCCUGCGGUGUACGCAAUGUAUUUGUCUUGGGCUUCAUACCCGCCAAGGCGGAUUCGGUGGUGGUGCUGCUGUGCCGUCAGCCGUGCGCCGCACAGAACUCGCUGAAAGACAUGAACUGGGAUCAGGAGCAGUGGAAGCCACUCAUAGCCGAUCGCUGCUUUUUGCACUGGCUCGUGAAGCAACCCAGCGAGCAGGGUCAGCUGCGUGCACGUCAAAUUUCGGCAGCACAGAUUAAUAAGCUUGAGGAGCUAUGGAAGGACAAUAUUGAGGCAACUUUCCAGGUGAGCGCCAAACAUAAAAUUAUAUGGUUUUGUACCAUAUAG